AUGAAUAUACAUAUGAACAGAGCUGCUGAGAGAAAAGAAGCUGACUGCGUCACAUCUAAUACGGGAUUAAUAACUGCUGACUGUUCGAAAAGUACUCUCAAGUCUAUUGAUUCAUUUACAAUUUAUUCCAUUAGAAAUACCACAUUCCCAAAAUCAUUGCAAGUGAUUGAUUUAUCUGGAAAAACUAAAGACUUAGAUCCCAAUUCCGUUAUGUUAGCUCCAUUCGUAUUUGAUGAAUACCAACUGCAACGUAUAAUAAUCAGACGUCAUCAUCAGUUCGUCGGUCGUAUCGGGCCAGAUGCAAAAUUCAUUUUGACUACCUUCAUCAGACGUUUAAAAUCAUUGGAAUAUUUCGAAUUGAGUGACUGCGAUUUGCGAAACGAGCACGUUAUCGGAUUACCAGAAAAUCUGAAAAUUCUCAACGUUGAUUAUAAUCUUUACACACGACUGGAUGUUGAAACUGGUUCAAAAUUAGAAGAAAUCAGUGCUAAAGGAAAUAGGCUGAGAACCGUGCCACAACUGUCGACUUCAUCUUCACUAAAAACAUUACGUUUAAGCGGUAAUCCUUUGCAAGAUAUGACUAUUGUCGAUUUAGCACCGUUUUGCAGUCUACGUUUAUUAGAGGUGAAAUUCCCGGUCAAUAGUUUUUAUACGAAUGAAGAUGGAUUCUGCGAAUGUAUGAUGUUAAUACGAUACGCAAAAUAUGUAGAAGUUAAACUUGAAGGAUUAGGAAACGUCGACUGCUUCUCAUCUGAUGGAGAUGAAGAUGAAUCCGAGUGUUCUGAUGAUGUAUUUAAAGAAGCCAUAGAAGUGCGUAGAAAGCGAAACUGUCCCUUGCCCAUAGAAGAAAGCGAUGCAUUCACAAUUGCAGUAUACGUCUUCAUCAUUAGUUUAAUUUUACUUUUAUCAACUGCUGCGGUUUUAUUCGUAAUACGUUUAAAUCGCAAAGAAUCCUCGGCCAUGAUACAGGCUCAGAAGCAUCGUCUAUAAAUUUGGAAGAAACCGAAGAGGGCUUAGACCAAGAAUCGCAACUUGAAGAAAGUGAAUCCGGUUCAAGUUCUGAAGGAUGAAAUUUUCGAUGAAUUUCAUUUUUGGUUUCCCUAAAAAUGACAGAAAACAAAGUUGAGAAAUUGUAUUGAUUUUCACUGUUUGGGCCAACUGAAUCCCUCAUUCAUUGGAAUGAUCGAUGCUAGAGAUUCAUUGUUAUCAACUCGAUACCAAUUGCCAAGUAUUUUACGAUAUUUAUUUGAAAAUAAAAUAAUUUUAAUUUUCA